UUAAGUAGUGCAAAAAUAACGAUAUUAAUAAAGAAAAAUAAAAAAUAAGCGUUUCCGGUUUUCCAUUUCCGGUGUUGAUGGGUAAUGUAGUUUGCAAUUUGUCAACUUUUUAAGCCCUCCUACUCAAACAAUGGCGCGUGAAACUUAUGUUUGCUAAUACGGUGUCCCUCUUAACCUAUUUUAAAAAUGUAUUAUCAGAUUUUUUUUAUUCGUGGACUUAAAGCGACGCUUUAGUCUCGCAGUUUGUUGAGAUGGAAGGACGCUGUGCUGUUGACACCUGGACUGAGUUUGGCUUUUUGAGAGCAUCAAGCACCCCGAAAGUGAAGCUCGUGUUUGGGACGCAUGUCAUCUGCACUGGAGAUGAAGAAGUCUAUGUUUUUAGUGUCCAGGAGAAGAAUAUCACGGCUGUUCUCCAGUUUCCAGAAGAAGUGGUUGAUCUGAUUGAGAGCCACAACAAACAUCUUCUGAUUGCAUGCAGCAGUGGAGUGUAUUGUGUUGAUUUGCAGCCUCUGUUAGUCAGCUCCUCAGCAGACGCGUCCUCCGGUCCAGCUGAGCUGAAAAUCUCCUCAGAGUUCUGUGUGCUUGGCGGUCAUGGUCUGUCGUCGCUGCUCCUGGUCGGCUCUACACUCCUCACUCUCGGCCAGAGAAACACAUCCUGGAUGCUGACUUUGUACAAACUCCCACAACCAGAACAGCCCAGCAGCUACGAGAUGCUCGGCUCCUUCAGCCUGCCGCUGCUCUCACCGGUUCUACUGGACAGAACCGAGACAGAACAGACGAGGAGGUCUCUGCUGAUCUGCCUCCACUCUGGUUCACCUCCUGCCUCUAAUGAUUCAUAUUUAACACAUGGACAGUUCGGCAUUCAACCUGUCCUCUUUAAGCUUUUGUUUGGAGUCGAUGCUGCUCUUGCCAGAUCACCGGUUCUACUUUGGGGCCUGCCAGACGGACGGCUGUGUUUCCUCCCUCUGCACCUCCCAGGAUCUCAGAUUCGAGUUCUGCACAGCCUCGAGCAGCCUGUGGCGUUCGUUGGUGCGUCGGUUGUUGGGGAGACGGAUCCAGGGCUGGCGCAGUGUUUGGUGGUUGUUGGGGAGAGAGGCAGGGUGGUUCUGAUUAGGACGGACAGGAGCGGGUCAGAGACGGGCGGCAGUACCGCUGGAUUUGCCGAGCGGUGCGUGCCAGGGCCCGUGAAGUGUUGCAGCGUGGAUAACAACUGUCUGUACUACAGCACCGGGUCAGACCUGCUCAGAUUAAAUCUGCUUGGAUCCUCUGGAAGAGAGGAUGGGGCGGUCCAAAUGCCCACCACUCUAAACGUGUGCAGAAUCAUCGCCUUGGUUGCACCAACGUGCAAUCCUGAAGGUGGAGCUCAGCUGAUUGGACUCUCUGACAGAGGGAAGCUCUCAGGGAUUAAACUACCUGUCGGGGAACAGGAAGUGGGAUUUUAUCAACUUCCUGCCACACAAGUUGGCCGCAGUGUGAAGGACCUUCUGUCCGCCAUAGGAGACAUUUGCGAAAGAGCGUCUGCACUGAAAACAGUCAUCAAAUCCCAAAACGUCUCUCUCAAGCGGUUGAAUCAGGUUGUCAACAUUUGUCUUUUGCUGAAAUCUGCUGCAAACACCGACGAGCAUCGUCCAAUCAAAGAGAAGCCGAUCAGAUGUUGUGCCACAGCCGAGUGGAGCAGAUUGCUUCUAAAGGACUCUCUGAAUCUCACAUGUGUCCUGGAGAACUCAAGUCCUUACACCCUGGAGCGAGGAUGGACUCUAUGCAUCACUGUCUCCCCUCUGUCUUGUUCACCUGGAGAAGGUGACGAAACGUCCUCAACGUUUGCUUUCCCGGUAAUCAAUCUUUCUCCAGGAGGGGCGUUGGAGGUGUCCGUGCCAGUCGCAGCCGCAGGUGACGCCGCCUUCCCCUUGACCGUGAACUGUUGGCUUGUCUUCUCCCUCUUGAGUGUCCUGGAAGAGGAGGAUCUGGAGAGCUUGCAGAGCCGCCAUUUCACCUUCCCGUUAAAUUCCCUGACCGUGGACUGGUUGCACAUUUUGCGAGAGAUCGGUCCCACGGUGUCGCAGAAGUCACAAGGGUCAACUACCGAUGCCAUCGAGGAGUUUGUCAGCUCACGCCGGAUUGAUGGUCACAAAGGCGCAAACGGAGGCAGAGAGAAUGCCACCGUGUACUCUACAAGUGUUCGGGUGUCGCCAGAGAUACUGAGGGACACGCUGAAGACCGAACGGUUCGGUUUGGGCACCAGUGACCUCCAUCUGUCUCUUCUCAACUGGCUGUUUGAGAGUCACGGAGGAGUGAAGAUGGGACGUAGAGGAGAUCAGGAUGGCAUGAGGAGCUCAGAGGUUCACGCACGUUCUCCUAACGAAGCCACAGUCAAGCUGAGCGUCAAAGAGGUGAACGAGGAGAACUCUGGGAAGGAAGCUCACGUAGAAGUUCAGAUUGAGAGCUCGUCUGUAGCGGCGGUGUGUGGACUGCAUCACGCUGUGCUGCGGCGGAUGCAGAGUUUGUUGGUGAUGGUUCCCAUGGAAACAGCUGCUGCCAAAAAGAUCCAGAUCUCAGAUUUAAAAUUAGCUCUUCAAAGGGCUGAGAUUCAGCAGAGUGGAAUCUCGGACGCUCUCGGCUCAGACGUGUCCUCCGCUCAGAUGAACUCCGUCCUGCUGGACGUUUACCAGAAGCUCAGAGAAAACCGUCUCCUCAUGAUUUAACAAGCUGACCUCUGUAACCUGCAGCUCAGAUCGAUCCACGACUGUUAUGACUGUUGAUCCACUUUAAAGUCAUAUUUUAUGGCUGAAACAAUAAAAAAAUGUACAA